UGUUUGCUCCAUUUCGGAUUGACUUGGCCCUCUGCUUUCCAACUUCCCCCCAAAGAAAUUAGUCAUGAUGGUGAACUUCUUAAGAGGAAGUGGCUAUAAAGUGCAAAAUCAGUAAAAGCAACCAGCCAGUAAACCAGGUUUAUACUCGGCCAAGGUAGAUUUAAUCCAGGCUCAGAGUCAAGGAAUCACUGAAUUCUAGUGCUGGAAGGAACUAAAAUUUACUUAUAUUAACCUAAAAAUUCUCUUGAUUUCCAGUCUUCUAAGGAAAAAAAAAGAAAUUAGUUUUAUUAUAUUUCUUGACCUAUAUUUAAAGCCAGACCAUAAAAUUUCUAAAGGUACUAUUUUCCCUGCCAAACUUUGACCUGUGUGCUUUUUACCGCGGGGCUCUAGCCAAGAAGGAAGAAAGGGUGUAAUUCUGCAUUUAUGUGAGUUCCACAGCUCUUUAAAUGACAAUCCCGGAAGACUGGAUGUUUCUCUGAUAAGGUGUUCUUUUCAGACCUCUGCUUCUUCUCCCUUCCCAACUUUUCUUUACCAUCCCCUCCCAGCUUAUCUCUGUGCUCUCUAUUAGGGUAUAGGUAGGCAGGGUGUGGUCAUUAUUUAGCUGCUAAUUUUGUUAAUUUAGCCUCAAACAGCAGUUUUACAAAUGAACUAACAUUUGAGAAACUGAAACACAAAGGUGAUAAGAAACUCAGAAAAGUACAGUUGACCUUUAGUCAGCUAGUCAGAGGAUAAAAGAAUGCUAUUCAGAGAGUAGAGUUCGGUGUGGUUAUUGGGUGAAGCUGGUGUAAUUAGAGGUAGCUGGCAGAUCCUGCAGAAUUAGUUACUCUGGGUAAGUAAGGAAAUAUUCACAGGACCUCCCUGGUGGUCCAGUGUUUAAUACCCUGUGCUUCCACUGCAAGGGUCACAGGUUUGAUCCCUGGUCUCCCUGGUGUCCAAGGUCGGGGAACUAAGAUCCCGCGUGCCAAGCUGCAAACUGAUGGGUAAGACUGCAUCUCCAGUCUUUCAUUCAGUUUGAGGAAAUAAUGAUUGCUCUUAAUUUAAGUGAGUGUAUCUGUCAGUCAAUGGCAUACGUAAUCAGUCCUAGCUUUGUUUAUGGCAGGACAAACUUUCCUUAUUACUACUUAUGAAGCCACAUAACUCAGACUGGGCCUUGAACCCACCGUCUUUUCAUUGAGAUCACACACCUGAUCUCAAGACUUAAUGAAGCUUAGGUUCUUUAUGGCUCCUUGUGGAAAGAACUCAGUGAGAGACAAAGUGAUAGGUAAGAAGUGUUUAUUUAGAGAGAUACACAUUCCAGAAUGGCCCUGGGAGAAACACAUUUCACAGACAGAGUGUGGGCCAUCUCAGAAGGUGAGAGGCCUCGAACUAUGGGCUGGUUAAUUUGAUGGCUAAUGAAUGGGAGGAUUAUUCCAACAAUUUUAGGGAAGAGGUGGAGAUUUCCAGGAAUUGGGCCACUGCCCACUUUUUGACAUUUUAUGGUCAAACUUGGAGCUGUCAUGGUGCCUGUGGGUGUGUCCUUUAGCAUGCUAAUGUAUUAUGAGUGUAUAGUGAGGUUCAAGGUCUACUGGAAGUUGAAUCUUGGACAUAAUCGGUUCUAACCAGUUUAUGUCAUAUCCUCAGUGGCUAUGUUGUUCUUUUAAAGGUUGUGCCCGGCUUCCUUCCUCCUAUUUCACUUGCACAUUCCUAAUGUCUUCAAUAAGGCACUCAGUAUAAAGCAAAUAUUUUAUUAAAGACAAACCUAUUGUUGUGGGAAUUCUACCCAGAACUAUCAGCACAGCCUUUAACUUUACAAUCGAUUGAACUUAUAUAUGAAACUCAAGGUAUUAUAGCUAUGUGUCUAUUCCUAAUGCAGGAUUCCUAGCUCCAGAGGAAACAUCUGAGGGCAUUCAUGACCUGUCAAAAAGUGAAAUGGGAAUUUGAGAUACUUAUAUAGAAAAUUGAGACCAAAAUAACACUUGGAAUUUCAAAUAUCUAGAAUCCUAUGAGACAAUAUGUUGAGCUAAAUUUUCUGAAUGGGUACAUCUCAGUCUGUGAACGUGCAGUCUCCGUGAUCACUGCUUUAAGAAACCCACUAUAGCCUCUUUCGCCUCGCUUCCAAGAUGACCAAGAAAAGAAGGAAUAAUGGUCGUGUCAAAAAGGGCCGCGGCCACGUGCAGCCUGUUCGCUGUACUAACUGUGCCCGAUGCGUGCCCAAGGAUAAGACCAUUAAGAAGUCCGUCAUUCGUAACAUCCUAGAGGCUGCGGCCGUCAGGGACAUUUCCGAAGCGAGUGUUUUCGACGCCUAUGUGCUUCCCAAGCUGUAUGUGAAACUGCAUUAUUGCGUCAGUUGUGCCAUUCACAGCAAGGUAGCCAGGAAUCGUUCUCGGGAAGCCCCGAAGGACCGAACACCUCCACCCCCGAUUUAGACCUGCUGGUGCUGCCCCACGACCUCCACCAAAGCCCAUGUAAGGAGCUAAGUCCUUAAAGACUAAAAUACUGUUCCCUGGAAAGACAAUAACGUGGAAAUUAUACUU